AUGCCACAGACAAUCCCGCAAGAUUCACCGUCGUUGGCGGUUGAACUCGAGGGCGAUGCUCUCUGGUACCAACCUGGAGAUGUCAUCAUCGGCCGCGUUGUUCGGAGAUGCUUUACGGAGUGUUCAAGGGCCAUUCUGACAGUCUCACUGCACGGCAGAGCAAAAUCAAAGUUCACUGAACGCGAAACCCAGCAUCGGGGCCGGUAUACGCUCAUCGUUGGCCCUCGAAAUAAGCAGCAGCUCUGGAACGGACCCGUUCACAUCCCCGAAAGAGGGGAAGACCAUCAAGGCUGGCCAUUCACUUUCACUUUACCGACUCAUGCAGACAGUCGCUGCCUUCCUGUGAGCGUUAAAGAAAACGAGAAGUUUAGUUUCGUUCCUUUCGACGACGACGUACCGCUCCCUGCGUCCUUUUCAGGAACAUCUACAGGCGAGUACAAGGAGGGCUUUAUUGAAUACUACAUCCAAGCCGAGAUGCAGAUGCAUGCUCAAGGGACCGCCACCGCCGUGAAGCCAGUGAGAAUCGAGCGCUACAAUCCAGGCCCGCCGAUUCAGAUGCGGAUGAAUCUACUGAACACAUUGCAUACAAUCCAGGGAGACAGCCUUGUGCCUGGUUAUAGCCGAGACCAGCUGACUACCUCACAAAAGUUCAAGAAGAUAUUCAGCAGCGUGCCAGCACCCAAAUUGGCUUUUACGCUGCAAACGUGGUUUCCGAUCACAUUGCAAAUGGACCAACCUAGCCAUGUGCCCAUCAAACUACGCGUGGUCCCCAAGUGGGACAAAACGAGCGAGGUUCUUCAGGACGUGCUACAAACGUGUAGACUUCGGGCACUCGAUAUCGAGAUCCAAACCCUGGUGACAAUUCGGUCCGAAGGCACUUUAAACCCUCACGAUGCAGAGUGGAAGUGGUGCGCCAAGGUACAGGGAAGCAGACAAUUGCGGCCAAGCGACGCACCAGUUGAGAUACCUUUUGGGCAUGACUCGGAGCCCUUCGAUGUUGGAGCGGUGCUCAAUCUUCAAAUGAAAACUACCAAAGAUAGAAGGGAAGGAAUGCCUUUCAACGUUCAGCAGCUAUAUCCAGAGUUUACGGCUUACAACAUACGAACUAAGAACAGACUAAAGGGUACCGUGGAGGUCAAAGUCGCAGACAAAGUCAUUACUGCAGAAAUAGACCGUGAGAUCAAGGUUUUCCCCCCGGCUGAUAAUACGGGCGGCCCUCGCGGCCCAGCCAUCGACAAUAUACGCGCGACUUCAGCGACUUGGAACCAACCUCCGCCGCCAUAUGAGGAGCCACCAAGUUUCGAGGGGCUGCAACCAGUGAAUCAACAUGGUAGCGAAGCGAACAGAGGGGUAGAAAAGAUUGAGUCUCUCUGCCCAUCAGUAGUACAGGAUGAGACCGGAACACCCGGAUUGCAAUAG